AUGGAUGAUAUGGCUGAAUAUCGUAGACGCCAUAGAGAAGCGUAUUUAAAAAGAGUUGGAUUAGAUACUCAACAAUCUUCUGAUAAAUCAUCUUCAUCCAAACAAAAUAUUAAUAAUAUAAUUAAUUAUACACAUGAUAAUAUAAAAAAUACAACAAAUAACAAAAAUAAUAUAAAUAUAUAUGAUACCUAUGAUACAGAUGAGGAUAGACUAAUGGGUAAGGAUAGACUAAUGGAUAAUGAUAGAGUAAUGGAUAAAGAUAGAGUAAUGGAUGAUAGAGUAAUGAAUAAUGAUAGAGUAAUGGGUAAGAGAGAAAGAGAUGUAGAAUUAAUGGAAGAUGAAGCAUCAUUAGAAUUGGCAAAGAAAUUACAGAGAGAAUUUGAUUCAAUGGAAGAAGUAAGAAAACCAGAUGAUAGUUAUAAAGAAUGUUUAUUAUCUGGUCCAUCAGAUCCAAUUAAUGUUAUCGAUGAAAAUGCUGAUAUGGACUUACAAAGAGCUAUCGCAAAAUCACUCAUUGAUAUGUAA